UUGCCAGUGUGCUUCGAACAAGUCUCAGAAAAACCCUCAAUGUUGCAAAAUCCGCAGCUGGCCUUCCUUCCCACAGCAACAGCACGCCGCCAGAUCCUCAGCUGGCUCAUUAUUUGGUAGACCAUGAAAGCUUCAAGUGCCUUCGGGGAGGAUCUCGCCCCCCCGUCAUCCUCCCCCCCUUUAACGUUCCGCCGCCCUCCUGAUUUCGAGAGCCUCCAUCUCGACGUUCCUGAGUCCACGCCACCCCUCUCCCCGUCCACCUCCGUCCCUCUGCCCUCCGACACCCCCGCCGCCGACACCGGUGGGAGCGGCGGCAGAGGCGGCAGCGCUUCAAAGGCCCAAGCCUGUGACGGCGCUCGGCUAUUCUCGCGCGAAUGGCGUCCAGCGACUCCUACCGUCGUGCGCAGCCCGAACGCGGCGCUGGUGUCUCAUCUCGCCGUCGCGUCCGCGGUAAUGGAUCGCGAGUGGGCCGAAGAUGAAAGCCCGGCGCGAGAGUCUCUGCCUUCCAACGAUUUCGAGUCGCCGUGGUUCUGGGCGGCGAACAGGGGAAGGAGAGAGGCUAAGAGGUGGUCGUCCGAUUCGGAACGCCCUGUUGCCGUCCGCGAUAAAACAUCUCCCACCAAUUCGCUGCAACGCCGCACCACCGUUCCCCGAGCAUCACAGCCCGAUUGGGACAGCAUGACCUCGUGUCAACAGAAGCCUCUUUCAAACGGUCAUGGGGGACCGGAUUCGGCGACACGAAGCACGCAAGGCCCACAGUGUAUGUGCUUCCCUGACUACACUGGUUGCCAUCGCCGCACGUGCAGCCUCCAAGCACGCCCAUCCGGCAAUCGAGACAGCUUCUUCGAGGCGACCUCUUUGCGCCGGAGAUCCUCGCUUGACGGGGAGAAAGGCCUCGUCAGCUGUGUCGUUGGCAGCCCUAGAUCUCGUGGAAGCUGCGGCAUCCCAGGCGUUCGCCACGUGUCGUUCAACAGGAUGGUUCACGUGCGCUACAUCGGGGUGAUGGAAAGUGGCUCUUCCGUUAGGAACAGUGCAUAUUUUGCUGGAAGCAGUUGGCAGGAUGGUGACCAGGGCCACUGCAUGACAGAUAAUGCAUCUGCAGGUGAAACAAUGCUGGAUGGUGAUCAGGAAGGGGCAGAGAGCAUGCCUCGAAGGUGGCAGUCCGGCACUGAGAGUUGUCCAGCCAUGCUCUCGGCCCAGCCGACUAAUGAUCCGAAUGGUCUGCUGACAGGAUAUAUGGUUCCUCAUUUCAAGAAGGCCCUCGCACCUGAGCCCAGUCCCACAGAGUCCAAGAAACCAAUGCAAGAGCUCAUGGAACAAGCUGGCUGCUCCUCAACCGCCUCUCCUGUCCCUUCAAGGUCUCUUAUAGAGGGCCCAGGAUCCAAAAGAAACCCUUCAAAUGACUUCUCUAAAAAUCUGCCUUAUGUUAUCCCAUCACCACUCAAGUGUGGUCUUUUUGGGACUAGGGCGUGCAUUGGCUCUUAUAUAUCGUAGUCAUGCAAAUUAAGACUCAUGCUUGUUCUGCAUGUUUGUUGUGAUACAAUAUGCGAAUUGUUUUA